GCCGCGCGGCGCGCAGUGCCCCGCGCGAGAUGGCGGCAGAAGGCGAGUCCGCCGCGAAGCUGAAGGUCAAGAAGGCCCACCUGGAGAAGGCCGUGAAGGCCCUCGUGCAGCUGGUGGCCAAGCGCACCGCCAACGCGAACCCGCUUUUCGCCGACAGCGCCGAGACCAUGACGCUGCUGUUCUCGCUCAGCGCCAUCCCGGACAAGAGGAGGGUGAGACCAGUGAUGGUUCCGCUGCCACAUCCCCUGUACGACGAGAAGGCAGAGGUCUGCUUCCUCUGCAAGGACCCCCAGAAGAAGUACAAGGAGCUCCUGCUGAAGACCCACCCUGUGCCGGGGCUGACCAAGGUGAUCGGCAUGACGAAGUUGCGAAAGAAUUACAACACUGUAGAGGCCAAGCGGGCGUUGGCGGACGCCUUCGACCUCUUCUUGUGCGACCGCAACGUUGUAGAAUCGAUGCCGAAAAUUCUUGGCACCAUCUUUUACCAGAAGAAGCGCAAGGCUCCCAUCCCCGUUCGACUGACCGUCUCAGACCCCAAAGCGGCGAUCGAAAAGGCCAUGCGCGGGACCCCGCUGCGCAUACCCGCGGGCCCCUCCAUCGGGAUCAAGAUCGGGAGAUGCAGCAUGCCGGAGGAGCACCUGAUAGCGAACGCAGCGGCGGUGAUCAGCCACGUCGUCAGGCACCUGGAGAAAACUCCAGUGCAGACCAUCUCCAUCCAGGCCACCGACUCGCCUGCGUUGCCCAUUUGGCGACGGCCGAGGCCGCCCGGCGACCUGGUGGACCUCAAGAAGCGCGCCUCGGACACCGCGUCCUCGGCCGCGUCGGACACCGGCGUCAGCGGCGUCUCGGAGAGCGAGGGUGCCGGCACGAGCGAGAUCAUCUCCGACGCCGGGGAGACGCUCAGCACGCGUGACACCAUCAGCGACGUGGACCUGUCCUCGGUGCCGGGCACGCCGCUGGACAGCCCUGGGGACACCCUGAGCGAGCUGGACAGCGAGGCGGGGGACCUGGAGGACGUCGCCGAGGUGGCGAAGGCGGACCUGCCGCUCGUGAAGGGUCUGAAGAAGAAGAGGAAGAAGGGGGCAUCGGCGACCCCUGGCGAUGCGGCCCCACCAGCGGCCGCAAAGCAGAAGGAGGCGAAGGCUCCAGAAGCAGCCAUGCCGCCGCCAGGGAGGCCGAGGAAGAAAGCCAAGGCUUAG